AAAACUACCAACCAUCACUUGAGCUAGUUUUGCCUUCACAUCCCUAAGCAAUUCAAAAUGGCUUCAAGGGCUUUGGCAACAACUGCUUUCCUACUCACCCUUAACCUUCUCUUCUUCACUCUCGUAACUUCAACUUCUUGCCCGCCACCACCAAGCACUCCUAAGCCAAAUAAACAUCACCACAAAGCAACUUGCCCUAAAGACACCCUCAAGUUAGGUGUGUGUGCUAAUGUUCUCAACGACUUGGUUCACUUAGUCGUUGGUACACCACCAAAGACUCCUUGUUGCAGCCUCCUCGGUGACCUCGUUGAUCUUGAGGCUGCAGUCUGCCUUUGCACCGCAAUCAAAGCAAAUGUAUUGGGUAUCAACCUCGACGUGCCAGUUUCGUUGAGCUUGUUGCUUAACUAUUGUGGAAAGUGAAACCAAGUUAAUCUCUUAACACCAUGAUUAGUUAGAUAGAUAGUUAGUUAAUUAGCGGUUACAAAGUAUAGGGACCGAAAUUGACAAGAUGGAACUUCAUAACCAUUUUCACUUAGCGAAGAGGUGUGUCUCCACAACACAUCCUUUCGGAUCGACGCAAGGCAAAAGAAGGAAGGGACACGACGGUUCGGUUGAAUGGCUGAGAAUCGACAUACCCUUUCAAGAUCAAUCUCAACCACACAAUCCAAGAGACAUACCCUUUCACGAAGAGUCACGUCUAUUCAUUCGUACCCGUAGAAAACUAUAAAUAGGGAUAGUUAGAUUCAAUUGUAUUCGUUCAUUACAUUCGAUUUGUAUACAUUACAUUCAUUCGAUUAUUAUAAAGUUGUUGUUAUUCAAGUUAUUCACGCUCGUUAGAGAUCAAGAUCCAAGUUCGGGCCAACAAAGUGGUAUCAGAGCAUCAGGCUCUAGGCGUGGGAAU